AUGCGAAAGCGCGCGUGGGCCACCAUGCACAGCGCGAUUGCACUGUGCGGUGCGGCGUUCAUCAAGUGGGCGCAGUGGGCGAGCACGCGUGAGGACGUCUUCCCGAAGGACCUGUGUCAUCAGCUCGAACAACUUCAUGACGAUGCCCCACAGCACUCGUACGGGCAAACGUUACGUAUUUUGGCGAACGAGUUUGGUUUUGAUCCGAGAUUGGUUUUUGCGCAGUUUCCACGGAAGCCCAUGGCGUCGGGUUCGGUUGCUCAAGUGUACAAGGCGCGUUUGCGCAAGGAAGUCGCCGCGGUGUGCUCGGCGCUCGCUCAACCUCGCAAGCUCGAUUUGAACGAGGAUGGCACCAUGGACGUCGCGGUGAAAGUGCGGCAUCCCAACGUGGCGAAACGAAUUUUUCUGGAUUUUCAAAUCUUGCGCGCGAUAGCGGGGAUUGCAGACGCGUUACCCGCGCUGAAGGGUAUGCAGCUGAAGAAUACGCUCGGACAGUUCAGUCACACCAUGACGGCGCAGACAGACUUACGCAACGAGGCCGAUCACUUGUUGAAAUUUACGCACAACAUGAAGAGUGAGGUGCAGAUACGAGCACCCCGCCCUGUGCCAGGUUUCGUCACGGAGGCAGUGCUGGUGGAGACCUUUGUCAAGGGCGACGGGUUGGGCAGCGCCAUCAAACAUAAAACUUCUCGAAACUCUGAGCUUUGCUCACUUGGCGUUCACGCAUACUUGCUCAUGCUUCUACGCGACAACUUCAUCCACCAAGAUUUACAUCCAGGAAAUAUUCUGUACAGCGUCGAGAACGGCCAGUCGAGUGUCGACUCAGAAACAGCGGGGAUCGUGAAACUUGAGUUGAUUGAUUUCGGCAUCGCAGACGAACUCCCGAAAGCCGUGAGGAAUAAGUUUCUCGGAUUUUUGUGCUUCUUACUGCGAGGCGAGGGAGAAAAGGCGGCCGACGUCGCACUGACGUGGGAUGCCAAACAAACGUGCACCGAUCGCGUGGCGCUUCGGCGUGACAUGGCGCGACUCGUUUCGAGCCAAGGAGACGUGUACACGCAGCGCGUCGAUUUGGAUGGACUGUUGAAGGAGAUCAUGCAGCUUUUCCGCAAGCACGGCGUGAGCAUCGACGGCAUAUAUGCCUCGCUCGUCGUAUCUCUCUGCGUUUUGGUGGGAUUCGCGACGAGCCUCGACCCAGAAAUCAAUUUGUUCGAAGUCGCCGCGCCAUCCGUCAUGGCGUUCGCGCUCACCGGAGACGUCGUCGGGCGUUUGUUCAAAGGCUGA